AUGAAGAGCCUUUUUCGGUUUUUGGCGGUCUGUGCUGUGCUCUCACUCUGCGUCUGCCUUGGUACAGGUAGAGCCACUCGUUCAAAUUCAGACUCCAAUGAAAGUACAGAAUCCAAUGAAGAUGUGUUUGUGGCCCCGAGGCGAGCAAAUGCCUUCAUCAUGCCUCAGAGAAACACUGCAUACAACCUUCCAAGAGGAAACGGCCACAGCAGUUACUUAAUGAGUCGCAGAGUAAAAUCUCCAGCUGAGCGACGUGCAGAGACCUGCGAGGAUUACUCUCCCUGCCGCUUCUUCGCCUACCACCACGGCUACCAGGUGGCCUAUAGGAGAUACUUUGGGACCAGCACUCCACAGAGGAGAGCAUUUGCAAACCAUCGAUACAACACACGCUAUUAA